UGGCAUGUGCUGCCCUUUCGUCGGGUCAAUCAAUGCACAUUCAUUGGUGUCCCAUAUUAUCAUGAGCCGAUCGAUCGAUUUCCAACACUAAAACUGAUUCAAAUCGAUGGCAAGCCUUUCAUCCCAGGGGAGCACCUAUUUUGGGUGCCUAGAGUAGGCACGAGGAGUAAGUGAUCUAUAUUAGCUACCUUGAGUAGACACACAGAGUAAGUGAUCUGUAUUAGCUGCCUUGAGUAGACACACAGAGUAAGUGAUCUGUAUUAGCUGCCUUGAGUAGACACACAGAGUAAGUGAUCUGUAUUAGCUGCCUUGAGUAGACACACAGAGUAAGUGAUCUGUAUUAGCUACCUUGAGUAGACACACAGAGUAAGUGAUCUGUAUUAGCUGCCUUGAGUAGACACACAGAGUAAGUGAUUUGUUUUCAUAUAUCCUAGCCUAAGCUUCUUGUUAGAAAAAAAUGACAGUAAUUUCUGUAUGUCGAUUGUAUAAUUAAUUGUUUCUUAGAAAAUUAAAUCGACACAAUUUUUUUUUUUUUUUAAUGAAGUCACAUAUAAGAAGCUUUGUUGUGAUCGAAAGACUAAAGCAGAUAUAUCAUUUACAGGAACUGUUUAAAAAAAAUAAUAAAAAGGUGCAUUGUCAUUGGCUUAUUGUUACUAAAUGUGCUAUCGAAUGCUGGAUGAAACGGCGUAGCAUGUGAAAUGAAAUAUUUUAGUAUAAAAACCCGAAUGUCUCUUUAUCUAGUUUAUAUCUGUAGUGUUUAUUGGGGGGGGGGGGGAAUUGCUUUUGGGAUAACGUACAGGUUUUAACCAAAGGGUAUUUUCGGUACCCUUUUUUAACUUUUUUAAACACAGUAGACUGAUUUAUUUGAAUAAACUGGUGUUUUUCUUUUAAAGGUUACAGUAUCCCCCCCCCCCAACCCAAUUCCGAGAAUUAUUUUUUUUUAGAUUAUGUUAAACUUAGUGGAUAUCUGAAAUUUUCAUAGACUUAAAAGAGUUCUCUCAGCGGACUGCCCCCUAUUUUAUUCUGGGAAAAUAUUAUUUUUUUUCCUUGAAGGGAGGUCGUACAAUGAGGCCGGAUAAAAUACUUUUCUUUAAAUAUAAUGCAACACUAUUUAAGUUAUUGUAACACAUAUAAAACAAACGGAGACGACGGCGAGUUUCUCGGUAACACUAUUGAUACAAUGAUUAAUCCGCCUUACGUUGAUGGACAUCGAUUUCCGUUUGAUUCCUGUGAUGACACACUUCAGAACUCACACGCGCACACACUGACAAAGCGUAAGCGCGCUAGCGAUGCCUGGAACUGCAUCUUCUGUAGCGGCACCGCAAACCUUUGGUAUGAAUGCAAGCCUUACUCCAAAUCAAAGUUUCUCAAAGCGGGUUGCUCGCACCCCCGUGGUGUUUCGCACAUCGAGGGGGGGGGGGGGGAGUGUGGAGCGGCAUUUCAGAGGUACCGAUGAAAAAUUAUAAGGAAUUGUGAUUUUUUUUAUGUUAGAUAUAAUUAAAACAUUUGUGUGGAAAUGCUCGCACCCCCGUGGUGUUUCGCACAUCGAGGGGGGGGGGAGAGUGUCGAGCGGCAUUUCAGAGGUACCGAUGAAAAAUUAUAAGGAAUUGUGAUUUUUUUUAUGUUAGAUAUAAUCAAAACAUUUGUGUGGAAGCGGAGCGUCUCCGAGGAAACUUGGGGACGCCCACAUAGAGUUUUGCCUCUUCGUGGCUUGGCGGACUCUAUAGUAGGGAGGUAGGGUUCUCCCGAAGCUACAAAAACCCGGCAGACUGCAUGACUCCCAACGCAACGGGAGAAGUAACGUCAUAACAUGAUUACUUGUUGCCGUUAAUGGAUAUGAGGCAUGAGGUUGGUAGUGGCAACCUCGGGUCGAUGAUUCUAAUUACACAGCAAUGGAGGAAGCUGUUCCUUGGCAACCGUUUCGCCCCAGCUUCUUUGUAAACUAAUUGCGAUGUAGAAACCCACUGUAGGACUCCCUAUUAGAAGCAAGGAUGGGCAAAGAGGGGGGGGGGAGAUUUUAGGAUGUAAAUAUACCAUCCCAACUGCUGAGAAAGUCGACGGCUGACGCUGCGUCCUUGGGGUGGGGUGGCCUCCAUGUGUAGUCGAUUGAGAGGGUGAGGGUUUGGAGGCCGUCCUGGCAAAGGGAGAUCUGCGACGUGCCGCUACGCAUUAUUUUAUGUGUCUAAAUUGACGAAAUUUGACGAAAAUUUUAACGUGUGAACUGAAAAAAAAAAGAUUCGACCAAAUUUCCUUUGAUCAAAUGUCCAUCGAUCAAUUUUUUUCGUCGACGAAAUUUCUUUCGAUCAAAUUUCCGGUAAUUCUCACUGACACCAUUUCGUAAUGUACAUUUUCAGAAGGGGUGCAGAAUAUAGAAAAGUUUGUGGGAUCCCUUUUCUCAAACGGGACUUCCUGUCCAAUAGACGGCCAUGACGUAUCCAGCUGGAGUGGACUUUACGGUCAUAACGGCCCUGACCUUUGAUUUCGUCGGCUGGAUCAUACACAAUGUGGGACUGGGGACGACCCACUGGUCAGUCUUAGGUCCGCAAACUCAAGGUGUCGUCCAGUACUGCUACAAUAGUCUGUGUACCUACAGAAGCCUCCGAGACAUGUCAUGUAAGUGUUGGGGUAGAUUGGACCUUCCUGUAGCUGACAGAGGGAGGAAUGGUCGGUUAUCCAUAGGGCAAGUUGGGCAAUGCGCCCAGGGUCCACACGACUCAAAAGAGUGUGCGUGGGCAGGGGUGGGGGAAUAAAGGGCUUUAAAUGACCAUGAAGUCUGCUUCUACUAGACAUUAACUAAUUAUAAGAGUGUUGGACUGCAUUAAUCUUUACUUUAGAGUAGUUUGAUUAGACUCAAACAGAAUUAUAAACAAUGCCUUUUUUGACUUUUUGAAAUGCAAAUUAUAUCACAACUGUCAAUAUGUAAAAGUACUCUUCUUUUUAGUCACCAACGAUAUUAGGAUCUGCAAAUAUCCAUAGGAAAUGUAUGUAUUAUGUAGAGCUAUGUGUACCUUUAAUGGCUGUGCGCAGGUUCCCAAAAGGUCUGUGUUUUGCCCCGUUAGAAGGCAGAUACAUGACGUACAUUUUCCACCUUUUAUUUAUAUUAACAUGGUUUACGUUGAAGUUGUGGUAAGGUUUAUGUGUGACGAGCCAUUAAAAACAGUGAUUCUCAACAUGUUUGUGUAUGACUAGCUAUUAAAAACAGUGAUUCUCAAAUUGUAGUUUUUUUUUUGUUUUUUUAAGUUUAAAUUUUUUUAUAUUUAAACAAAAAAUAGUUAUUGUUGUUUUUUUAAGUUUAAAUUUUUUUAUAUUUAAACAAAAAAUAGUAAUUGUUGUUUUUUUUAAGUUUAAAUUUUUUUAUAUUUAAACAAAAAAUAGUUAUUGUUGUUUUUUUAAACUAAAUCAAAAGAGCGUAUUGUUUUAACAAAAUACAUAUAUAAUAUAAAAUUAAGUUAUUUAUAUUAAAAAUUGACCAUGUGAUUUAACAUAAUCUUCCUCCUUUCGAAAAUCUCCCACAAACUAAACUUGUUGUUCUUAGCCUACCAGAUAACAGUGCUGUUCUUGGCUGUGGCUGCCAUUACUUGGAGUUUCAGUGCUAUGGUCCUUGCUCUUCAUAAUAUUUACAAAGGAUAUACGUUCCAAAGUCAAACUAAGACUAUCCCAAUCCUUGGUGGCGCUCUCAGUAUCGUUGCAUGUGAGUAGAAUGACGUAUGAUGCAUUAAUGAGUUUGUGAGUGACUGGCCGUCAAAAACAGUGAUUCUCAACAUGUGUGUGUAGGAAAAGCCAAAUUUUUUUUUUUUACAGAUAGUUUAAGGUUUUUUUUUAAACGAAGGAAAUAUUUUAAAACCAAUUCUUAUUCACUGUAACUAUGAAUAUUAAAAUAGGCUUAAAUCACCGUCAAAGAAUAUGAUGAAGAUAAAACUAAGAGUGAGCUUUGUGUUAAAAUGCUUCUUCUGUCCCAGGUGUCUUCGCAGUCAUUGAAGUCAUAAUAUGGGCCGCGGAAAUCCAUCGUGACUUUCGCAUGGUCAACCAAAACUUCGAACUGGGAUACUCAUUCGCCCUCACCAUUGUUGGCGCCUGCUUGUAUUUCCUCGGCGGCAUCUUAUUCAUAACAAGCCAAAGGAAAAAGUCAACUUAGCUACGUACAGACUGUGUGAUGUGGUGACGUGACAGUGCUGAGUCGUAGCUGAUCGAGUCUUCCUUGUUGUUUAAUGUACAGGGAGUGGUCCCUACUCACUCAGAUCGGAGCGUGUAUGAGUUCAAUAUUGAAUUCUGAAAAUUUUUACGAAUAUUUAUUUCCUUAUAAAUAAAACUUUAUAAAAUAUUAAUUCACCAAGCUUGUCAAUGUUUAUUCUUUUAUUUCUUUAUCAAUUAUAUUUGUGAAUUUAAAAAAAAUAAAUUAUUAGUCUAUUUUUUUUAAAAGAAAAAAUACUUUGCUACUUUUAAUAAGUUGCUUAGCUUAUUUGUUUGUUUUUUAAAUUCUUAUUUAACUUAACAAUAGUUCAUUCCAAUUCAAUAUAUGAGUGGAACUGUUGACAUGAAUGUAAUGUGACAAUCUCUGUGAUCGCAGCAGCCCGACACUGUUUGACAUAGUUGCUAGCGUAUGUGUUACGUGACAAUCUCUGUGUAUACAGCAGCCUGACACUCUGUGACAAAGUUUCCCGCGUAUGUG